AUGUCCUUGAGCAGGAGUCCCUCUCCCGUCCCCGGAGGAGGAUGGUCUUCUCCGGGCCUAAAUAUCAACACUAGUGGCCGAUCCAGCCCAGCGAAGGCGUCAUUCUCGGGGCCCAACGGCGGUGGAGUAACUUGGGAAUCUGCGAGGCUUAAAACCCAAGGUGUUACCAGUUAUCCAUCCUUCUCAACACACAACCAGGGCUUCUUCACCCGACAUAUGCGACGCAUCUCGAGUAGCCUACCAUCUUUUAACACGGCGACGGAUGACAGAUAUGCAGAGAAAGAGAAACUUGGACGGGGCAGGUGGAAGGUUCCCCUCCUUGGAAGGCUAGGAGCCGCGAUUACACGAAUGAGUAGGAAAUGGAAGAUACGUGCAGCUAUAGCGCUACUCCUACUCGCGUGCUAUAUACUAUUCUAUAUCACUCCCCUAUGGUACUACUGGAGAAGGACAGGCUGGUUAGGAGGCGGGGAAAAGUUUGUCAUCAUACUUGCCGCAAAUGUUGGCGGUGGAGUGAUGGAAUGGAAAGGAGCGCGGGAGUGGGCUAUCGAAAGAGAUAGUGUGAGGAACAAACGAAAGUAUGUUGCGAGAUGGGGUUACGACCUCGAAGUUGUCGACAUGAGCACCAAAAAGCGGUACGCGCACGAAUGGCGAGAAAGUUGGGAGAAGGUGGACAGUAUCAGGAACAGUUUUAGGAAAUAUCCAAAAGCCGAAUGGAUUUGGUGGUUGGACCUGAAUACGUUCGUCAUGGAGCCCUCCUAUUCGCUUCAGCAUCACAUUUUCAACAAUCUUGAAAAGCACGUCUAUCGCGAUAUAAACGAGUUUAAUCCUCUCAAUAUCUCCCAUCCCCUUCAAGCCAACUAUCUGGAUCCGGAGUCAUUGAGCCCGGUAGGAGACGGAAGCGUCGACUCUAUAAACCUCAUACUCUCUCAGGACUGUUCGGGAUUUAAUCUGGGUUCCUUCUUCAUCAGACGAAGCGAGUGGACCGACCGUUUACUGGAUAUAUGGUGGGACCCAGUAGCAUACGAGCAAAAACACAUGGAGUGGGAACAUAAAGAACAGGACGCGUUGGAGCAAUUAUAUACAAAUCAACCUUGGAUUCGAAGCCAUACAGCCUUCCUCCCACAGCGAAAGAUCAACAGCUUCCCCACUGGCGCAUGCUCCGACAACGGAAAUGACGCCCGCAUCCAUUAUAAGCAGGAAGAUCGAGAUUUUGUUGUUAACAUGGCAGGCUGUGAAUGGGGUCGCGACUGCUGGGGAGAAAUGUAUAACUUCCGCGAGCUCAGCUACUACCUGAACCGCAAUCCUUGGGAGAGGUUUAAAGAAGACCUCGUUGCUGUAAUUUGGGAGAAAAUAACGGGCCAGAAAGUCAAGUUCAAGAUGCCGGCCUGGGGCAAAGGUCUCAUGCAGUCUGACGAUGACUACGAUAUCGCCAACGAUCUUAGCGAUAUGUGCGACUGUGACCUCAUAUAUCCGACCGAAGAAGAGGACAGAUCCGGCACGAUCAAAAAGCUGAACGACGGUCUGCUCUCCCAGAAGUUUGAAAAGAUUCUCUCCAGUGACUUCACGCCAACUACCAGCCACCACAAGCGAGAGCGCAUAGCUGUCAUCUUAGGGAUUCUGGCCAUGGAGCUCGGUGUUAUCAUCGAAGACCGCCACUUGAGAGCGCUUCGAAUCCUUCGGCCCUGGCUCCCUACUCUCGAGCAGCAGUUACAGCUAGUUACGGCGCUCGACGAGUACAAGAAUGAUGGAACACCCUGGGAGACGGGCUCUAAGGGUCUUAUUGACACAAGACGAGCUGAGGAACGAGGCCCGCAGAAGUACGACCUUGGUGAUGAAUUCUGGUACAGUGGUUUGGGGUUUUCUUCAGAUGAAGCUCCCUCAUCAGAGAUGAUCAGCAAAGUCUGUAUGAAUUGCGGGGACAGAGACGUCGACCUUCGUUGUGGCCGUUGUAAGGCUGUUCGUUACUGCAACGCUACAUGCCAGCGACUUGACUGGUCAACUCACAAGAAAGUUUGCCAGGUUCGUGACAGUGUCCGCAAAUGCCCUGUCCCUGAUCUCAAGUAA